AUGCCCACUCCCAGCCGUCUAGCCCACUUGCCUCACUGUUCCCUGCUGCUGGCACUGUUCCUUGUCCUCUCAGGAGCCUCUGAGCAGAGCAGUGGGAGUGAGUGGCAGGUACUACAGCCCGAGGGCCCCAUGCUGGUGGCGGAAGGUGAGACACUCUUACUGAGGUGUACAGUGGUCGGUUCCUGCAUUGAUGACCUGAUAAAAUGGGUAAAGGUGAGCACUCAGGACCAGCAAGAAAUUUAUAACUUCAAACAUGGCUUCUUCCCCGGGGUGAUACCCUUGAUCCAGCAGACAUUGGAGCCACUUGAUUGCGAUUAUUCCAUCUACAUCCACAAUGUCAGCAGGGAGCAUGCUGGAACCUACCACUGUGUGAGAUCUGAUGACAUGAGAGAGUAUUCAGAAAAGCAGCUUGACGACGAGGGCACCGUGGUACUUGUGAAGGGAGCUGAGGACCCUGAGCCAGACCUCUGGAUCAUCCAGCCCCACGAGGUGGUAUUGGUGACCACUGGAGACACUGUCUUCUUGAACUGCACAAUACUCGGAAAUGGUCCCCCCGGACCCAUCAGGUGGUUUCGGGGGGCUGGUCUGAGCCGGGAGGCGGUUUACAACUUUGGAGGCAUCUCCCACCCUAACGUGUCAGCAGUGCGGGCCUCCAACAAUGACUUCAGCAUUCUUCUGCAAGGCGUCUCCACUGAGAAUGCAGGCACCUACUACUGCGUUAAGUUUCAGAGGAAACCCAGCAGGCAAUACCUGUCCGGACAGGGCACCAGGUUGAGAGUGAAAGCAAAACCCACCUCUUCCCAGGAGGCAGAAUUCACCGGUGAAUAUGAAGCUGGGCUAUCUACAACAGGCCUCCUGUACAUACUCACACUUGUGGUCCUGGGGCUGAAGGCAGUGACCUUGGCUGCACUCCUACUAGCCCUGGCUGUCUGCUGGAGGAGCCCUGGGCAUGAAGCUGUCAAGACCCUAGGCCCAGCAGAACUGUGCGCAUCUUAG